AGUAUAUAAUAAACAAGACACACACAGAGCCCUCUCUCCAAAAUUGAUACCAACAAAUCCACAAAAUAAAAUCAAAUGAGCAACAUAAAGAAAUCCCCCUUUUCAUCCUCACCGUGGCCAUGCGUCAACAACAACCCUAAAACUCUCUCAUUUCGCGCCAACGACGACGAAUCCGCGGUGAUUGGAGCCCUCCGAUCUGAUCGCCUAUUCUUCGAUCCAGGCGAGACGAGGUCCAUCCUCGAAGAGGCGCGCCACAGCGACGGCGUCAAAAUCACGGCCAUCGAUUCCUACGAUCCGUUCCUCGAUUUCAGAUCGUCGAUGGCGGAGAUGGUGGAGGCGCACGGCCUGGACAGCCUCGACGAUCUGCUCACUUGUUACCUCAGACUCAAUGACAGAUCCAAUCACGGCUACAUCGUCGCUGCCUAUGUCGAUUUGCUCAUCAACCAUCGCCAUUGCUCCUCCUCCUCCUCCUCCGCGCAUUAUUCCUUCACAUCGCCUCUCUCCUUCUCCUCCUCCUCCACCGUUUACAGCGAACACCAAAUCGCUGCCGGUUGAUCGGAAUGUUUUCCGAUGAUUAGAAUUUCGUACACGUGUAAACAGAUUACACGGCUGCAUUUAAUGUAACACUACUACUACUAUUCAUUAAAUUUUAAAUUUUAUUUAUUUGA